GUGGCGGCAGCAGCGCGGGCGCCUGAGGAGAAGGAGGAGGAGGAGAAGCGGAUAAGCAGGUUGUGGGGCCCGCAGACACCUCACACAGCUGAGUGGCACAGAGCACGUUCCCUGUGCCCUGUUCUGUGCCAGAAGCAGCAUGGUCUUCAGAGCACCAUGGGGCCUGACAGAGUGACAGCCCGAGAACUGUGUGAGAACGAUGACCUGGCUACCAGCCUUGUUCUUGAUCCCUACCUCGGCUUCCGAACCCAUAAGAUGAAUGUCAGCCCCGUGCCCACCCUCCGACGGCAGCACCACCUCCGCUCAGCACUGGAAGCUUUCCUAAGACAGCGGGACCUGGAGGCCACGUACAGGGCCCUGACGCUGGGAGGCUGGAUGUCCCACUUCUUCCAGAACCGGGCCCCUCGGCAGGAGGCUGCCUUCAAGACCCAUAUCUUCUGCUACCUCCGCUCCUUCUUGCCCGAGAGUGGCUUCAUCAUUCUGCCCUGCACCCGCUACUCUAUGGAGACCAAUGGGGCCAAGAUUGUGUCUACCCGUGCUUGGAAGAAGAAUGAGAAGCUGGAGCUGCUGGUCGGCUGCAUUGCAGAGCUUCGCGAAGAGGACGAGCACCUGCUUAGGGCCGGGGAGAAUGACUUCAGCAUCAUGUACUCCACCCGGAAAAGGAGUGCCCAGCUGUGGCUCGGCCCAGCUGCCUUCAUCAACCAUGACUGCAAACCCAACUGCAAGUUUGUGCCCUCAGAUGGGAAUACUGCCUGUGUGAAGGUGCUCCGGGACAUUGAGCCAGGGGACGAGGUGACGUGCUUCUAUGGCGAGGGCUUCUUCGGUGAGAAGAAUGAACACUGUGAAUGCUACACCUGUGAGAGGAAGGGUGAGGGAGCUUUCAGACUUCAGCCCCGGGAGCCGGAGCUGCGGCCACAGCCCCUGGACAAGUAUGAGCUUCGAGAGACCAAGCGGCGUCUGCAGCAGGGCCUGGACAGCAGCCAGCAGAGCCCGCUGGGCCCGCGGGUCUGCUCCCACCUGGCCCCGCUCCGCCCCCAACGUGACCCAUUCUGCGCUGCCUGCCAACCCCCAUGCCUGCUGCCUGCCAGCCCCCAGCUGGACUACUUGCCCCUCUGGCUCCAGUGGAUGCCUCAGCCCCAGCCCAGAGUGCGUCCCUGGAAGCGUCCCCGGAAGCGCCGCCGCCCCAGGAUCCGCCAGGCUGCAUCGCCCCCUGUCCUCCAUGCUGUCUCUGUCUCCUUACACCGGUGGGGAGGCUGCGGUCCCCACUGCCAACUGCGGGCUGAGGCCGUGGUGGCCCUGAACCUGCUCCCCAAGACGCGCUGGACCCCUCAACAGGACUGGUACUGGGCCCGGCUCUACGGGCUACCUUCUGUGGUGCGUGUAGACCUGACCCGCCUAGACCUGACCCGCCUAGCCCCAGCCCAACCAGCUGCUCCUGUUCCUGUGGGGAGCCCGGCCCCUGUCCCCACCCCUGACCUGGUCCCUAAGCAGGCCCUUGCCUUUGCUCCUUUCUGCCCACCUAAGCGCCUCCGGCUAGUGGUCAGUCAUGGCUCCAUCGAUCUGGACAUCAACAGUGGUGAGCCGUGAUAAGCUGCCUGCAGGGAGCCCAGACUGGAGUGCAGUCUCUGUCUUGGACACCUCCAGAAGGGAGGAAGGGGUUGACCCUUGACCCAGGUCUGAUCCUGGGAUCGUGUUGGUUAGGACAUCCCUAGGGAGUUGAUCCUUACUGCUCUAUGACUGCUGACCCCUGAGCCACACCCCCACACACACCAAGCAGGGAGCCCUGGCCAUUUGAUGCUCCCUCCCCAUCCCUGGCCCCGCCCCACCCCCAGAACUGUAGGAGACAUCCCCUCCCCUCAGCCUCCUUCUCCCCCAGGGAGCAAAGCCAUAAGGGGUGGGGGCCACUCCAUGGCAACUCUCUAGAAUUCUGCUCAGACCACGGAGGUGGAACUGACUUGGGGGCUUGCCCUCCCAAGCUGCCCCCACAGUGGGGAGUGGGUUGGCUCUCAGCCCUGCAGUUGUUGGAGGCAGGAGCAGUCAGAAUGGGUGGGUGGUACCCAGGAACACAUCCUUGGCCCUACCCACCCCAUGGUCUCAGGGAGGCCAGGUGUGACCUCGUCUUUCUCACGGUGCUAUCCCCGGUGCUACUGGGGUGUAGGGGAGGCUCCCUCUCCUCCCCACACCAGAAUGGGGGUAUGAUGGGGGAUUGGAAGAACUUGAACUUUUUAUUAAAACGUUUUAUGCCCUUA